GGCCGCAGGAUGACGCAGCAUCAGGACCAGCCGGGCUCACGUCACGUGACUUGGGAAAACUACGCCAAUUCAUUUCUUUUUCUUCUUCUUUGCCAUCUAUCUGUAGCUACAUGCGUCAAAAAUGAAAGAAAGGAUGCCAACAACGCCAUAUUAUUGAUAAACAACCAGGUGUCCUUUAUUUGACAUCACUCCCCCCACUCCCACCCGCCCCCCUCGUCCUUGGAAGUGUUUUUGCUCUGCAUCACCGAGACUUGCAGCAUCAUCGCCCCGCUCUGACCUCAGUCAUCAUGCUGCCGCCCGUGUUUGUUGUGUGCGGCGUCCUGGCAGCGUUGCUCACGCCGGCACGGUGCGAGUUCAUCAAGGUGUGCAUGGAGGAGGACGACCACCUGAGAGUGGACUGCCGGGUGAAGGCCAAGACCAACCAGAUCAGCAGCUACCAGUUCUCCUGGUCCUCCGGCUCCAAGGAGUCGCUCAUCAACGCCAACGUGUCCGGUUUGCCGGCCGAGUCGCAGUUCAGAGGCAAGAGCGAGGUGACGGAGUUGGAGCCCCACGGCUACAGGAUGAGGCUGAAGGGCUUCACGGACAAGUUGCCGCACAACACCACGUACUUGUGCAAAAUAAACGGCGCGGGUGCCAGCGUUACCGUGGAGAAAGAUCAACUUGUCCGAUGUUGUGCUGUCAGUCUGAUCCUAAAGAACUGCUGGAGUGUUGGCCUGCUGCUUUUCUUCCACGUCGCUCACGCCUAACGAAUAAAAAGAGCUGCUUGAGUGUAGGCCUGCUGCUUUUCCUCCACGUCACUCACGCAAAACGAGUACUAAAAGCUGCUGUAGCAUCAGCCUGCCGCUUUUCUUCCAUGUCACUCACGCGUGACAAGUAAAGUUAGCCGCUAGAGUGUCGGCCUGCUGCAUUUCUUCCACGUCACUCACGUGUAACAAAUAAAAAGAGUUACUGGAGUGUCGGCCUGCCGCUUUUCUUCCAUGUCACUCAUGCGUGACGAAUACAAACAGCUUCUGGAGUGUAUGCUUGCCCCUUUUCUUCCACGUCACUCACGUGUAACAAAUAAAAAGAGUUGCUGGAAUGUCGGCCAAAUUCUUUUCUUCCAUGUCACUCACGUGUAACAAAUGAAAACAACUGCUGUCUGCCUGCCGCUUUUCUUCCAUGUCACUCACGUGUAACAAAUAAAAAGAGUUUCUGGAAUGUCGGCCAAAUUCUUUUCUUCCAUGUCACUCACGUGUAACAAAUGAAAACAACUACUGUCUGCCUGCCGCUUUUCUUCCACGUCACUCACGCGUAACAAAUAAAAACAGCAGCUGGAGUGUCGGCGUGCUCCUUUUCUUCCAUGUCAAUCACUUGCAAUAAAUAAAAAGAGCUGCUGGAGUGUCCACCACCCGCUUUUCUUCCACGUCACUCACGCGUAACAAAUAAAAAGAGCUGCUGGAGUGUCAA